AUGGAUUCUAAUUUACCGUUUUUUAGUUUGCCUUUUGUGGAUUCUGAAACAACCGAUUUAGAAUUUAAUAAGUUAAAGCCUCAGGAGUCAGUGUAUGAUGUUCUGAACCCAGGUUUGUCAACCCAUAGUGCCCUACUUGGGACAGAUGAUGUCCUAGCUCAGUUUCUGUCUGGUGAUGAGCCACUAGAAGAGCCAGACCUAAACGGGCCCACUACAUUGCACUGUGAAAUAUGUAGAAAGCAAUUUGAUAAUGCCAAGAAGUAUUAUGGACAUUUGAGAGUACAUUCUAAAGAUAAUCUUUGGAUCUGUGAUAAAUGUCCAGACCAAAAAUUUUCCACGAAGCAACUGUUAAUGAAACACAGUUUGACCCACAAGCCCUUGGAGUUAAUCUGGAAAUGUCCACACUGCACCAUGGCUUUUGAAGCUCUGUGGAAAUUGCAGCAGCAUUUGUUUCAUAAACAUUUAGACUACAGGCCUUAUAAAUGUGAUGAGUGUGAGAAAGCCUUCUACAAGCCUUCAGACCUCAAGAAGCACAAAGAUCAACAUAGUGAUGUAAAAAAAUAUGCAUGCAGUGUCUGUGAGAUGCGUUUCAAAGACAAGUCAAACAUGCGACGGCACAUGCUGAUUCACAACAACGAGAAGCCUUUCUGCUGUCCUGGUUGCAGGAACAGAUUCAAACAGUUAGCAUCGAUGAAGCGCCACGCCCAAAAGUGUCCUCUCAACAAGUUCCAGAGCGAGCCCAUAGAUAAAACCAUUAGAAGACACCAUUGCCGUGUCUGCGGUGUGAGCUUUCAGUACAAGAGUGCUUUGUUGGAACAUUGUGUUAGACAACAUAGCAACAACGCCGCAGAGACCUAUAAAGAAGAUAAAUACCAAAACAGUGAUGCGAAUCGCAUUGUCGACAACAUCGUAGACGAUAUACUGUCCGCUGAAGAUGACUACAUGACAAUGUCCACACAAAAUGAAAUACUUCACAACGUUUACAACCAAAACGAAAUAGACAACAACGCUGACAAUCUUAUGCAAAUCGAGUUGCUCAAAGAAAUGAACACCUUCCAAAUAUUAGAUGAAGAAUUAUUUUAUAACGAUAUAGAUUUCGACAGUAUACCACCAAGCCACAUCUUUAACACUAAUACCAACGACAUGGAUUACACUCAAGACAAGAACGGAGAGAUCCUCUUUGAUUUUACUGACGGCAAAAGUAUCGAUCAAGAUAUUAUGAACGCGUUCUGCCAUGUAAAAGCAGAUUUGCCUGACGAACUGCUCAAUCCAGAUGUACUUAUACCUAAGAAUAGCGAAUUAGAAAACCCUGUGUCGGUUAACGAAUGCGCCACGAUAUUUGAAAGUGAUGUUGACUUGGAAGCCAGUACUAACUUAGCAGCUAAUUUGAAUCAGUUGAUUGGAGAAAAUCGUGUACAAUACAUAUCUACGGAACAUGAUGACACAUUUAUUAUCAGUUUGAAUAGUGAAAUUGACGCUGAAAAGUUAACGGAUAUGUUAAAUAUUGGCGUGGAACUAGUAAACAAUAAAGAAGAUGAAAGUGCGCUUCCCGUAGUUCACGACGUAGUUAAAAAAGAACAAUUAGAUGAGCCUGUAGUAUUGAAAUUUGAGAAGCCCGAAGGACCGCUUAUAGUGAAAAUUGAGCAAUCAGAAAACAACGUUCAGCCAAAAGCUGUAAAUGUAGACGAAAAAGAGAUAAAGGUGAAAGUAAAGAACAGAUUAAAGAUAUUUGUUUGUAGGACAUGUAAUAAAGUCUUCAAUAAGAAAGAUAAUUACAACUCUCAUAGAGCGCUGCACGAGCCUUCGCUCCGCGCGCACGCGUGCGGCGUGUGCGGCGAGCGCUUCGGCUACCGCUCCACGCUCAACAAGCACCGCCGCCUGCACACGCCCGUAGUGCUGCCCGCGCACCAGUGCCACCUCUGUCACAACACCUACUCUGCGCACUGGCUGGUGAGUACCGCUCCACGCUCAACAAGCACCGCCGCCUGCACACGCCCUGCUGCCCGCGCACCAGUGCCACCUCUGUCACAACACCUACUCUGCGCACUGGCUGGUGAGUACCGCUCCACGCUCAACAAGCACCGCCGCCUGCACACGCCCGUAGUGCUGCCCGCGCACCAGUGCCACCUCUGUCACAACACCUACUCUGCGCACUGGCUGUUAAAGACGCAUCUGUCUCGCGAUCACGAGGGUCUGACCCCGCACGUGUGUGACCACGCCGGCUGUGGGAAGAAAUUCUACAAGAAGAGCGACCUUGUUGUACACAAAAGGUACCACACGGGCGAGCGGCCCUACGCGUGCGCGGUGUGCGCGCGCUCGUUCCCGCACGUCUCGCACCUGCGCCGCCACGCGCGCGCCGCCUCCUGCAACACACUCGCUCCCAAGACGGAGGUGGAAGAGACUGCGUGCUCUGGCGCGUGCAAGGUACGUUCGAAGAGAAUGAAGACUGACGCUGUGAUAUUAGCCGUUAGUUAA